AUGGGAUGUCGGCAAAGUGCGGAGGAGAAAGAGGCUGCAAGGCGCUCGCGCAGGAUUGACAGACACCUGCGCUCGGAAAGCCAGCGCCAGCGUCGGGAAAUCAAACUUUUGCUACUUGGGACCAGCAACUCUGGCAAAAGCACCAUUGUAAAACAGAUGAAGAUCAUCCACAGUGGAGGUUUCAACCUGGAGGCAUGCAAAGAAUAUAAACCCCUCAUUAUUUAUAAUGCAAUUGACUCACUCACACGCAUCAUAAGGGCACUUGCCACAUUGAAGAUUGAGUUUCACAACCCAGAUCGAGCGUAUGAUGCAGUACAGCUCUUUGCUUUGACUGGGCCAGCAGAGAGUAAGGGAGAAAUUACAUCUGAGCUCCUAGGAGUCAUGAAGAGACUGUGGGCAGACUCGGGCGUUCAGGAGUGUUUCAGUCGCUCUAAUGAGUACCACCUGGAAGACAAUGCUGCUUAUUACCUCAAUGACCUGGACAGGAUAGCAGCCAUUGAGUAUAUCCCCACUGUAGAAGAUAUCCUACGCUCACGAGAUAUGACUACAGGCAUUGUGGAGAACAAGUUCACCUUUAAAGAGCUAACUUUCAAAAUGGUCGAUGUUGGGGGUCAGAGAUCAGAAAGGAAGAAGUGGAUUCAUUGCUUUGAAGGUGUGACAGCCAUAAUAUUCUGUGUGGAACUCAGUGGAUAUGACUUGAAGCUUUAUGAGGACAACCAAACAUCUGAAGGACAAUAA